CUGUUUAUUGCAAGAAUUACAAAACCAUGCAGACCAGAUUUACCCUAUUUGGAACUUUCCUCAAAAGCACGCACAAGACACUCACAUUCUAUGAUUUAUUAAUGCCACACGUACGAGACAUUUCUAUUUGCCCACUCAUUUAGCUUCUGUAGAAAAAGCUGAGAGAGAUCUAGAGAGAGAUGCAGGGGGGUUUUAAGGAGCUUUCGUGAUUUUUGCUUCUCAGCACACCCCUAACAUGCCAAGACUAUCACCACCACAAAAGCAGCGGCAGCACCACCACCUCUCACUAUUCCUUCUCGCCGUCUUUAUACUCUCCUUCACCGGUAAUGUCGCCACCACUCAACCAUUCCGUGAAGCUCCCAAGUUCUACAACUCCCCAAUCUGCGCUUCUAUUUCUGCUGCAGCUGCUGCUGAAUUCUGCUCCAAUGAGGCAGUCCACGUCGCCAUGACUCUCGACGCCGCUUAUCUCCGUGGCUCCAUGGCCGCCAUUCUCUCUGUUCUCCAGCACUCUUCCUGCCCUGAAAACAUAGUUUUCCACUUUGUCUCCUCCUCCUCCUCUGACCUUCUCGGCAGCACCAUCUCCAAGUCUUUCCCAUACUUGAAGUUCCGAGUCUACGCUUUUGAUGACUCGGCCGUGUCGGGACUCAUCUCCACCUCGAUCCGAACCGCCUUGGACUGCCCUCUCAACUAUGCCCGAAACUACCUGGCAAGUCUCCUCCCUCCAUGUGUGCGGCGCGUGGUCUACCUCGACUCCGACCUGGUCCUCGUCGACGACAUUGCCAAGCUCUCCGCGACCCCUCUCGGGGACCGAGCGGUCCUUGCCGCGCCCGAGUACUGCAACGCGAAUUUCACCUCCUACUUCACGCCGACUUUUUGGUCCAACCCUUCUCUGUCCCUGAUCUUCGCGGGCCGCGAAGCCUGUUACUUCAACACAGGUGUGAUGGUCAUCGACUUGCAGCGGUGGAGAGAUGGUGACUACACGAACAAGAUAGUGGAGUGGAUGGAGCUCCAGAAGAGGAUUCGGAUCUAUGAUCUGGGUUCGCUGCCGCCAUUUUUACUGGUUUUCGCCGGGAACAUAGCUCCUGUGGAUCACCGGUGGAACCAGCAUGGUCUCGGGGGGGACAACUUUCGUGGACUUUGUAGAGAUCUGCAUCCUGGUCCGGCGAGUCUGUUGCAUUGGAGUGGGAAAGGAAAGCCGUGGGCUCGACUCGACGCGAAUCGGCCAUGCCCGUUGGACGAGUUAUGGGCUCCUUAUGAUCUUUUGCAGACACAGUUCGCUCUCGAGUCUUAGAAGAAGAAAUUGUAUAAUUAAUUAAUUUUCCCUCCAUAGAUAUUACUUCUUUUUUUUUCCUGACAUUUUUAGAGGAAUUGGGCAUGAGUGGCUUAUCUGCAUAUAUAUAAGCGUCUCUCGACUAUGAGCCUCGUCUGCAGAUUUUGAUCAUAAGUUGGGGUACUGAGGGGUGGUCAUGUUUGUGUACAUUGCAGCCAUUAACGGAUCUUUUUCUUCUUUCUUUCUGUUCCUGGGAACAGGGAAUUAAGGUUACUAAAGAAGAAAGAAGGAAUCUAUAUAUAUGUAAUUUUGAGAUGUUACUCGAAAUGAUGAUCAAUUUAUUUAUGUUAA